AUGUCCACACCGAGUCUUUGCAGGGCAACCCGCUUGGCCGCGUUUCCAAUCAUCACGAGGAUACUCGGGUAUUGGCUAUCCGGGCGUGGCAGACUGUCCAGCAGUCUCUGGGCACGAUCCGAGCUUUCGACGACAUACGCCUGGUCUUUGGUGGCCACGCGCAGCCAACCAGUGUGUUUACAACGGGUCAUGUUGCGCACUGGAUGA